GCUAACGGCUGACAGGCAGCUACUGGAUUAAUAUACAGAAAAAUUAAUACAACAUUUAAUUUUGCUUGAUCUGUAUAAAAUCGACAGUUUGUAUAAAAUUAGACGUUUUAUAAGCGACAGACGCCUAAAAGUAGAAGAUGAAGACCAUUACCUCCUCCACCGGGACUGUAAAAAGUGUGACCGUAAGAAGAACAGAGUCCUCAGAUGCUCAUCAGAUCACUAAACUAAUCAAUCCAGAAACUGUCGAGGUGUUCGGAAAAGUAAGCGUGAUCCACUUGCUAGAGAAAGCUAAUCUGGCGGUGACUAUUAGCACAGAAGAAAAUCAAGUCCUGUCCCACGCUGCGUUUGUGGAUCACCCGAUCGGAGAGCUGGUGGAUCAGGAUUCAUGGGAGCAGCUGCUUCGAACCAGUUUUAAUGCCACGAUGUUCACUCCUUUAAACACUCUUUUCCUGCAUCUGUUCGUGGCCGAGUCCAGCUUUUCCGCCCCGAGCGCUAAAGAGAUUAUCAGAACUGUCUUUAAUGCCAUCACAGAGCUGGAGUACAUCUGCCUCGCCACGCCGUACAGCAGCAGUCUGGAGCAAGCCCUGGUGGAGAUUUUCGAGCCCAUGCCCUGUGUUCAGGAGGCAGAACAGGGUGCUGCAUUCGUGUGCCACAGACACAACUACUGCCCGAGACUGCAUGUCCGCAGAGCCAGGGUGGAGGACCACGAUGAUCUCACAUGCGUUUUACCAGAGCAGAUGAAGAAGCUGACGGGCUCGUAUGGGCCGUACUUCCUGUCCGAACUGAUCCAGGCUCAGGAUGAGCUGAACCACGUGGCGGUGUGUGAGGAUGAAGGAAGGGCCGUUGGCUUCAUCAGUGUUACCGGUGAGCUGAACCUGCAGCUGCUGAACCAGUGCUUCCAGCUCGGACCAUUUAACGGACUCAUAAAGAAACAUUCAGGAAAUCAAACUCAGGAUUCAGAGCGAUUAGACCACAGGACGUCCACAGAUGAAGAAAAACACCCGACUGAUCUGGAGGAGGAAAAACCCACAGCAGCUCAUCCAGCAGACUGCACAGAGCUCGGCGUGGUCGAGGAACCAGUCGAGAUCCUGAAUGCUUUUAGUAUCCAGCUUUUCUCUAUUGACAAGAAGUUUGAAAUGAGGUCGGUGGAUUUCUUACCGUAUGUGUUCAAACUUUACCUGGAGAGAGAAUUCUGCAUCAUCAUGGUACCUAAGCUGGUCCCCGAGUUCCCCCUGCUCCAGUCCUUUAUCAGAGCGGUGCCACGUCAGUGCAGCAGCCUGGGGCAGGAACUCUACAUCUUCCACCGCUCCGGCCUGCUCAAAACACUGAAGGCCCGUGCUGCAGUUUCUGAAGACAGAAGUGCAGUUGGGAUGUUGGUUCAGAAUCUUGACCUGCGUGAAGAACUGAUAGAGGAUCUGGACGUGUUCUUCAAGACUCAUCGUGACUUGGAUGGAGCGCUCGUUCAAGCAUUUGUAGCUGAGGUGGAGGGGCAGAUUGUUGGAAUAACGAUCAUCAAAAACGAGAAGAACAUCGAGUACAUCCGUGCCCACUACAACAUCGAGAACUUUGUGUACUUCAGUCAUUACCAGCCUGAGGAACAUGCUCAACUCUGCCACUUUGUUCUAAACCCCAUCUUCCAGCAUCACACCAAGCACUUCCUCAGGGAGGUGCUGCGCCUGGCACACACGUCCUGCAUCUACUACCCCGUCUACCCACCAAUCCUCGGUCAAAAGAAUGUCUCUGACUCUCUGACUGCGGCGCUUAGCUGCAUGGUGCCAGUGCGUCCACGGCGUCAGAUCAUCUACCCACUGGAGGAGCUGGGCAUCAACGCGCCAUCUGAGCUCAUCACCACAAAGCAGGUUCCGUACGCCCUGUAUCACAUCAACCGAAAACUCACCAUGGAGCCCAAGGUCACCAUCAAUGCCAGGAUUGUGGUUGUAGGUGCUUCAGAUACUGGAUUAUCCUUCCUGGAAGCUCUUGUGUUCUGCCCUCACCUUCGCUUCAACAACCUGACCCUCAUAUCUACUCACGGCCUGCCUGACUGGCAAAGCAGCGACAGCACAAGGUUUCUGGCUACAAGUCAUGGCUACAGUGAGCAGGACCACACCCAGCUCGCUCUGUGGACCUGGAUUAAUGUAGUCACAGGAAAGAUGACGGCGAUAGACAGAACUGCCAAACACGUGCAGGUCGCCGGUGGUCACCAUGUUUCUUACGAUCAUCUCAUUCUCUGCACUGGUCAGCAGUACCAGGUGAGAGAGAUUCCUCGUCCUGUUGAAACAGAUGUCAGUACAGAGACGAAUGUUCAAGACCAGUGUAGACACCGAUACACGGACCACGUUCCUUCCAACCUGUUCACCCUGAACGACCAGCACGACUGUGCUCAGGCUUACCACUGGCUCAUGAAGAACUUUCUACACCAGGAAGGUAACGCAGUGGUUUAUGGAGACACUCUAGACGUCUACAUCUUCGUAGAGGCCCUUCUGGAUUUAGGUGUGACGGGAUCCAGAAUCCAUCUGGUCCAUCGACGCUCGGCCGGAUCCUCAUCCUGCUGGCAGAACCGCGAGGUAGAGCGGGCAGUGAGGACGGCUCUGGACAGACAGAGAGUUUGUGUUUAUAACAGUUGCUCGCUGGCACAGCUGAACGACGGGCAGCAUCCCGAACCUCUCACAUCCGUCUUAUUCACCACGGACGAGCUGCCCGUCAGACUGGAGUGUACGGUCCUCUUUAACUUCUCCUAUAACGGCGUGGACUACGAAGCUUUUAAAGCCAUCAACGACGCCUCGCUGGUGUUCGACGGUCGCCUGGUUAUCGACUCCACCUCCCACACGAAUGACUGCGCCGUCCGAGCCGCCGGACCUUUAACCAAGUUCUCUCGGCGCUACCGCGCUGAUCACUGCUCGCACUCCAACUUUAACUCCAAAGAGGUGGGUCAGCACCUGGCAGCCACCUUUCUGCCCUUAUUUGACCCGAUCCUGGAGCCUGCGGUCGAUCAAGCGCCUGACGUGGACCGUCUUGUUCCCGUCUACAAACAGCCAAAAAUAACAGGUGGAAGGCUGCCAGGUGGGUACCAUUAUCUCCAUGUCACAAAACCCCCCGUCUACACCAGUACCAGUUCUCCAGUAGCUAAACUGGGCCGUGAGGUGGUGACCGGUGACGUGGAGACAGGGAACUACUUCCAGCUCCAGUUUAAUCAGCACGGAUUGGUGGAGGGCAUCACCUGUCUGGCAUCAAAACCACUUCCUGAGGCCAACUAUCUCAGUCUAUAUGGCAAACACCAGCUGCUCCUCAACCACCUGUACACACGCCUAGACGAUGGCCUCGUCCGAGACCUCUACAGUUAUUUUACAGAGAGUUGGUGCAUGGCUUUAUAUCACGAUCGCUUCACUGAUUUUGAGCAGGAAGUGCAGCAGAUUAUGGACUCGGCUACAGUAGAGCAUGGCAGGGACCUGGUCUCCAUCUCCAGACUUGCAGAGAUGAUAGUGGACGGCACGCUGGAGACGCCUCAUCGUGACCCGAGCGUUUACCUGCAGGAGAUUUUUGGGGAAAGUGAGGCGCUGGAGACCCUCAAGUCGAGCGUUCUGGAUUACCUGAAGUUUAACAGAUACCAUCUGACCAUGUUCGCUCAGCCUCAAGUCUCUUCAUCAGAUAACUGAGGUGGGCGACUGGCUCAGCGAUUCAGGGAUGGAACUAGUACUCCGAUGGUUGCUGGUUUAAGCCCCACAUCUGCCACUGUUGGGCCCUCAGUUGCAUGCAAAGUUUACUAUCACAAUUGUAAGUCACAUUUUUAAAAUUAAAGCUCCUCUAAAUGCCAAA